UGUCGGGUGUAACACAGAGAUUUCAUCAGUCUGAUGUUUCCCUUUAUUAUGUGUUUGAGAAGCAGCAAGGAGGGCGGUUGGGGUCGCUGACCCUGUAACUGAUCCAUGAGUUGAUCCAUGUGUUUGUGAAGCAGCAAGGAGGGCGGGAGGGGUCGCUGACUCUGUAACUGAUCCAUGAGUUGAUCCAUGUGUUUGUGAAGCAGCAAGGAGGGUGGGAGGGGUCGCCGACCCUGUAACUGAUCCAUGAGUUGAUCUAUGUGUUUGUCUCUUCUGAGCAGAAUCCCUGAGUGACAUUAAAGGCAGAUACAACACAGUUACACUUAUAUUCCCCAUAGAUCCUACUGACAAAUGGAUCAACUGAUGGAUCAGCCAAUUGGAAUCUGCCCCUGGAUCACUGAACUCACACUCACACUCACACUCAGACUGAGACUCAGGGAAGGAGAGAUUCAGACAAUGGGCGGAGCAGUGAGACUCGGGUCUGACACAGGAAAUUCAGUCCUCAGUCCAACUCUACACAAGCCAAUCCCCGAGUCCUUCCGCUUGGAAUCUGACGCCCCGCCCACUACAGCUGACAGGUCACGUGCGCCGCUGAUGUCACCGGAGGCAGCAGUUCCAUAAGUGGGAAGAGGAAUUUGUUAGUCCCGGGGUCCUGCGGACCGGAAGUACCGAGGCACAGACCGGAAGUAGCGGUGUAAGGGGGAGGCGGUAGUCAUGCCGAGGAGGAAGCAGUCUCACCCGCAGCCUGUGAAAUGGGGCAGUGAGGACCCAUUAGAUCCAAACCCAAGCAGUCUCGUUCUAGAGAGCGAUCUCCUUCUGGGCCAUGAGCUGGAGUUCUCCAACAGCAGCGACCGGCUCCUCUCCUUCUCCAAGGACUCCGAGGAUUCAGUGGUGUGUAAAAUGGAGAUCCCCUGCUACUCCCUGAGUGAGGACGAGUAUUCGGGGUACCGCCCCCUGAGUGCUGACAGUGACCCUGAUGAUGUGGGGAUGGGAGACCUGCCUUAUCCAUGUGGGACCACCUUAGGGGACUCUGGCCGCUGCCUGGGCUGCUUGCCUUGCCUUACGUCUUCCUCCUCGGCCGGGGGCUCUCCUCCUCCCACCAAUGCUCCCGCCCCCUCCACAGACUCCUCCUCUCCCCAUGGGCAAAAGGAACAAAUUCUCUUCCCCUGCCAACUGUGCCCCUUCUCCACCCACUAUUCCAGUCACCUUAAGCGCCACAUGAAGACUCAUAAUGGUGAGAAGCCCUUCCGCUGCCCCCACUGCCUCUAUGCCUCUGCCCAACUGGUCAACCUCAAGCGCCACCUGCGCACCCACACGGGCGAGAAACCCUUCCGCUGUGACCACUGCGGCUUCUCCUGUAGCAGCCCAGGCAACCUGAAGAGGCACCAGCGGGUCCACACCCAGGAGAAGCCCUACUCCUGUAACCUGUGCCCGUAUCGCUGCAACCAGAGCCGCAAUCUCAAGCGCCACCUUCUGGGGCACCGACAGAGAGGCCAAGAGAGACAGCGUCGUGGGGGGGCUCCCCAGGGAGAUGAGGAAGGAGCAGAGGAAGAAGAUGAAGAAGAGAAAGAGGUUAAACAGAGACACCCAGAAGAUGCUCCACCCGCUGCUCUUCCCCUGAUAUCUGGAGACCUUUCUGAUGCCCUUCUGCCAACCUGCGCCCACCUGAGCCACGCCUCCUCACCCCUGAGCCACGCCUCCUCACCUCCUGUGCCCCCCUCUGCCCCGGGGGAAGGGCUUCCUGAGUUGCUCUUCCCAUUUACCUGCCAGGCGUGUGGGUUGGUGCUGGACGAGGGCUGCCACCAGGAUGGGGAUAAUGAGGAGGAGGAUGGGGCAGCAGAAGGCCAGUUGUGCUCUGGGUGCAGCAGUUGCCCAGUUGGGGAGCCCGGGAGCCCCGGCAAAGGAUUUUCUUGUAUUAUCUGUUCCUUUGUUACUCACUAUCCCAACCAUCUGUCCCGGCACAUGAAGACUCACAGUGGGGAGAAGCCGUAUAAAUGCCAACUUUGCCCCUAUGCCUCAGCCCACUAUGACAACCUGAAGCGGCACCAGCGGGUGCACACGGGCGAGAAGCCCUACAAGUGCCAGCUGUGUGACUACUCCUGUGGCAACCUGGCAAACUUAAAGCGGCACGGGCGCAUCCACUCGGGGGACAAACCUUUCCGCUGCGGCCUGUGUAGUUAUAGCUGUAACCAGAGUAUGAACCUCAAGCGCCACAUGCUGCGCCACACGGGCGAGAAGCCUUUCCGCUGUGCCCAGUGCCACUAUACCACCGGCCACUGGGACAACUACAAGCGCCACCAAAAGACUCACGGACACAAUGUGGAGGGCUGGAUCCACCCGAGGCGCUGCAGCAAAGUGCAACGUUUCUCUAACAGUAUAGACUAGUGCCAGGGGGUGAGAGGGUGCCAAUGGGGCAGAAGGAAGAGAACGGGCAUCAUUGCUGUACCCAUCUCUCCCCACACUCAAACUCCACAGCUCUGCUCUCUCACCCACCAGCACAAACACCCCUCUCUCUCCCACCCACCAGUGCAAUAUCCCAGACACCCCUCUCUCUCUCCCACCCUCCAGUGCAAUAUCCCAGACACCCCUCUCUCUCCCACCCACCAGUGCAAUAUCCCAGACACCCCUCUCUGUCCCACCCACCAGUGCAAUAUCCCAGACACCCCUCUCUGUCCCACCCACCAGUGCAAUAUCCCAGACACCCCUCUCUGUCCCACCCUCCAGUGCAAUAUCCCAGACACCCCUCUCUCUCCCACCCACCAGUGCAAUAUCCCAGACACCCCUCUCUCUCCCACCCACCAGUGCAAUAUCCCAGACACCCCUCUCUGUCCCACCCACCAGUGCAAUAUCCCAGACACCCCUCUCUCUUCUAUGCACCAGUGCAAUAUCCCAGACACCCCUCUCUGUCCCACCCUCCAGUGCAAUAUCCCAGACACCCCUCUCUCUCCCACCCACCAGUGCAAUAUCCCAGACACCCCUCUCUGUCCCACCCUCCAGUGCAAUAUCCCAGACACCCCUCUCUGUCCCACCCACCAGUGCAAUAUCCCAGACACCCCUUUCUCUCUCUCACCCACCAGUGCAAUAUCCCAGACUCCCCUCUCUCUCUCUCACCCUCCAGUGCAAUAUCCCAGACACCCCUCUUUCACUUACCUGUAUCCCUGCUGGGCUCUACCUGUGGGACUUUAUUUCUGCAGUGUCUGGACAUUGGGGGCCCCUUUCAUUGUUGUACGGAGAGGGACAGUGUCACCUGCAUGAACAAAGAAUAGGGAAUUAUUUAUUGCUGCAAAUCCAUUGGUUCCUGUGUUCCUUUAUCUGGAAUGAGUUUAUUUGGGUUUGAAUGUUUUGAUAUUGGAAGUUCCAGUGAAAAUGUUAAAUUCUCACUGAUUCUCAGAAGCACAGUAUUUAAAAGACAACUAAACGA